AAAUUUUGCCACAGGCUGAUUUUGGGACGGGGACUCGUGUCGUUGCUGUGGAUAACUGGUUAGGAGAUUUGUAAAUUGUACCGGAAAACGCCAGAAUGGAGGUAUCAAUGCCCCUGCCUCAGAUAUAUGUAGAAAAAACCCUAGCCCUUAUCAAACCAGAUGUUGUUGACAAGGAAGAGGAGAUACACGACAUUAUUGUGAGAUCUGGAUUCACCAUUAUUCAGAGACGGAAACUACACCUGAGCCCUGAGCACUGCAGUAACUUUUAUGUGGAACAGUAUGGGAAAAUGUUUUUCCCAAACUUAACAGCUUAUAUGAGCUCUGGACCUCUUGUCGCUAUGAUAUUAGCUAGACAUAACGCCAUCUCUUACUGGAAAGAACUCUUGGGACCAAGUAAUAGUUUAGUAGCCAAGGAGACACACCCGGACAGCUUGAGGGCGAUCUACGGGACUGAUGAGCUAAGAAACGCGCUUCAUGGGAGCAAUGACUUCGCUGCCUCAGAAAGAGAGAUUAGGUUCAUGUUUCCAGAAGUGAUCAUUGAACCCAUUCCAAUUGGGCAGGCUGCUAAGGACUAUUUAAAUUUGUACGUAGCACCAACACUACUUCAAGGACUCACGGAGCUUUGUAAGCAAAAGCCAGCAGACCCUUACAUCUGGCUUGCUGAUUGGCUGUUGAAAAAUAAUCCCAACAAACCUAAACUUUGUCAUUUCCCAGUGACAGAAGAGUCUUAGUCUACUCCACAGAACGAGUGCCAAGUUAUCUUAUUGUAAGAAGCUGCGUUCUUCACAUUAAAAACAUA